UGAUCCAUCCCCCGACAGGGACACGUAGCUUUCCAGGAUCCUUCCUUGUUUAUUGGGUCAUUACCUUCUGGUUCCUUUUGGCCAAGCGUCACGUCUCGUCUAUUUAUACGACUUCUCUGCGCUCUGUCCCCUAGUCAUUUCGUCAAUUAAAGCCCUCUGCUUUCUUCUUGUGGUCCAAGUUACGUCUCUCUCCCUCUCUGGGUUUCUCCGUUCAGAGCAUCCUUCGCGUUUUCUGCAGUUUUUCUGAGGUUUUCAUCCUUUAGUAUCUUCAGAACAUGGAUUACGAAAACAAUUACCAGCAGGCUCCAGAGCCCAAAUACGAGUGCUUGUUAUUUGAUUUAGAUGACACUUUGUAUCCGCUUAGUUCUGGACUGUCAGUGCAGAUUACCAAGAACAUUCAAGAAUAUAUGGUGCACAAGCUUCAUAUCGAGGAGAGUAAAGUUCCCGAAUUGUGUCUAUCACUUUACAAGAAUUAUGGGACGACUAUGGCUGGUCUGAAGGCACUUGGAUAUAAUUUUGACUACGAUGACUUUCAUGGUUUUGUUCACGGGACAUUGCCAUACAAUCUAUUGAAGCCUGACCCUGUAUUAAGACAUCUUCUACAUAGCCUUCCAAUCCGCAAGUUUAUUUUUACCAAUGGAGACAAAGCUCACGCAGCUAGAGCUCUUGCCAGGCUUGGUUUGGAGGACUGCUUUGAUGGGAUUAUAUGCUUUGAGACUCUAAAUCCUACUAACAAAAGUAGUGCUUCACCUGAUGAGAAAGACAAUAAUUUGAGAUGCCCGCAAAUGGGGCCUGUUUCCCGCGAUGAAGCUGCUGGUGUUAAUGCGGAUGCGAUGCUUCGUAAAAGUCUGGUUGUUUGCAAGCCAUUUGAGGAAGCAUUUGAACAAGCAUUUAAGAUACUUAACAUAAACUCUCAGAGAACGGUGUUCUUUGAUGAUAGUGUCCGUAACUUACAGACCGGGAAACAAAUGGGGCUACAUACUGUGCUGGUUGGCACUGCUCACCGAACUAAGGGGGUCGACCAUGCAUUAGAGAGCAUCCAUAAUAUCCGCGAGGCACUGCCCGAACUCUGGGAAGCUGACAAGAAGUCGGAAAGCGUUCAGUAUCCAGGGGAGGUUGCUAUCGAGACACCAGUGAAAGCCUAGCUGUUACAAGAUGAUCGUUAGGCGAUAAUAAGACCUGUGUCCGAACUCUGUAUCCCUCCCUUACAUGCAGAUGUACUGUGAUUGCAUCUCUCUAACCACUCCGUCUUUGUAAGGGAAAUAAAAGAGAGUCGAAUUUUCUACUCC